UACCUACCACUCCUGUGCCUCGACUUUGGUUCAGCUUGAUGCAUUGCAACUUGAUCCGCCACAGAUACAUCAUCACCACUGCUUCUUACCAUCGCCGACCAUCUCCGCAUAAAUCUUGACUGCAUGCCGACGCCCUUCAGCUCAAACCAACCCUUGAUCACCUCGAGCUGACCUUGCGAGCCUCUGCCCCGUGCGGUACAGCGUUACACCUCUCUCGAGUCCCUCCUCCUCACGGCACGGCACUUUGCCUCACGAGACCUGUCUUGGCGGCUUGUCAAUGGUUGACCGUGAACCUACCUACCGCCGGCGGAGGAGCGGGCCAGAGAGCGGCCUCGCUAUCUCAAAUCUUGUCCGUGCUCCGCAAUCCCUCCGCGCACCGUCGGCGAAUAGGCUAUCACCCUCCGUUCCAACUCCCAACUCUCCCCUCAUCGCCGCCGGACUUCGUGUCAGUCCACCUGCCCGACCCUUCCCUUCACGAUCGAUCAACGAACCAUUGGCUCCGCCUGCCGCCGUGGGAAGCGGCCGAGGCAUGCUCGGCAGGGAAACAUUAUCGCGGCUCUUAAAUGUUGACUUUGAAAUAAAGUUUGCUGCUCGAAACUACACGCCAUGACGUCUUUACACUUUUUUCACCCUCGGACGGUGUCAUGGUAUCAGACGGGUUUGAUGGUGGACUCAAUCCGACUGCACGCUCCCGCCGCACAGAGUGCUGCGCUGGCCAGAAGUUUGGCCUGAAGCAUCUCCUCGUGUUGCCGUCAGUCGACCUUGAACGACCUGCCUUGAGCC